UCAUAAAGUACUAUAUAUAUUGAAAUAAUUUCACAAGAUUAAAUCAAACUUUCUUUCUACAAGUCUCAACACGUCAAGUCAGAUCCAAGAUACAAUAAUGAAUACCCAAGCAUUGGUUGUCGCCCUUGUUGUUAUGGUUACAGUGGCAUCUGGAUUCGAUUACCGUAGCUAUAAUAAUUACAAUAACUACCCAUCAACAUACGGUAACGCAUGGGACAUACUUGGUUCAGUAGAUGGACGUCUUGGAGGAAGAUGGAACUCCGGACAUGGACUUAAUCAGAGGAGAUACAGACGUGCAGCAUUAGGAUACAACACACAUAACAGUUACCAUAGUAACGGCUGGGGGAGAACAAACCAGAGAUUGGGCAGAUUAGGAGGAUCAUGGAGACGUCAUAACUCUGGAUAUAACACAUGGAAUGGCUAUUAAAGAUCAGGAGAAAUAAAUGGACGAAAUUAUUGACAAUUAAAUCCAGAAUAGUGCACUUUUAGCGUUGGUCUACCUUAUACAUGUGUUUUUUAUUUAUAUAUCGUAUGACUAUUUGUAUUAAUUUUGUAAAACAAAAUAUAAGAUAAAAUAAAAAUAUAAAAUAAU